AUUUAUGAUGGCAAGGCAAUGUUUUUGCUUCGGGGUUACGAGACGCGCAGCAGACAGAGCUGAGGAGCCCAAAACAAAAGCCGGGGGCCAUCCCAAUUAGCGCUUGGCAGUAGAUUAACAGGGUGGUUGGUGUCAAAGCUUCUCCGCCGUCCUGCACAGAUAAAGCCUCCAUUCAAGUCUACAGAAUUCUAUUUGCAUAUCGAUGAUACAGAGAAGAGAAAGGGUCGAUGUGUGUGACACACAGCUGGGAUCUGCUUGUAUGAAAGAAAUAUUAUCCCCCCUCAGCCAGCGGGUACUCUCUCCACAUCUGUCCGAUGGCUAUGUGACUGAUUAUUUUGGGCAUUCCAAUUCAGGAUGCCCCCAGGAGGCAAGGGACCAACAAGGGCCUCUGUUUCCUUCAAGCGUGCCCCCCCCCCCCCAAUCCUCCCUGCUCUUGUUUUGUCACUCGCUCUCCUAUAGGGAAUGGGGCCGUAUGUAGAGCUAAACACACCAGCUACAAAAGAUCAUCUCUGAGACUUUAGUCAUAAACUUCUAAAUGAACACAGUCCAUCUUCUAUCUAUCAGUGGGGGGGUGGGAGUUCAUGACUAAAGGCACUCGGCGCACCACUGGGCCUCGUUUCCAUGGAGUCAUACCCGACGUCUCGCUGCGACUGAGGCAUGCCAUUCUUCUCCCCGCUGCUAAAAUGUGCAGCUUAUUCUGACUCAGGCUAUUGUGGAGCACAAGUGGCUCUCUGAGGAGAAGGGGACAGAGUAAGAAAGGGUGGGGUCAAGGUUCAAACGAGCGGCUCCCAUUGGGACUCCCUUGCUGUUAUCAAAUUUUUUUGAGACACAAAAAGAGCUACAGUCUUAUUCCCAAGAACAUCUUGAGCGAGAGUGAAGGGGGUCAUAGGACAGCGUUCUUUGUGUCACAGCUUCAGUCCUUCCAGAGCUCGCCGGUCCGACUCCCAGUCUUCACUCUGCUGCUGCGCUGAAUUGUACAGCAGCUGAAUUGUUCAUCAAGCAGCCGAGCUUUUCUUCAAGAGCUCCAUUCACUGUGAAGCUCUGAAGGGAAGGUAAGUCUUUUGUUAUUUCACCUCAGAUUUUGAUAAGGCAGUAGAGAUGUUUUUUUGGAUAACUUUAUGAAAUGUCUGGCUCCACAAGAGGAAUCCCCUCUGUGUUCACAGUGCACACUGUGGCACUAUACUUAAAUUGUUGCUGUUAAACAAUAUAUCCUUUAGCUACAAAUUUCACUGUGCAGUAGUAGCAAGAGUUUAUUCAGUGAAUGUGUCACUUUUGUCAUGUAAAUCCCAAAACAGCUCCGCAUUGUGACAGAUCUUUUUAUGACAAUCUACUUUUUAAGACCCUUCCAGCAUUCAAUCCAAUUACCAAAUUUCACAUUGACUUUAUUCUACUUUGGGUUUAACUGUGACGAGUUUUAACAAAAGAAGAUUCUGCACAUUACAGCUGUCACCGUUUUGUCGCAACAAAUUGUUACCGACUAAUCCCUGGAGAGGACCGGUGCCAGGAUGCUCGGUCUCCUCUCGCACAGAUCUGCUUAUCCAGAUCAUUGUGAUGAAGGCAUAUUUCAGGAUUUGCCUCUCUUGAGGAUUAUCCCUCGGGGAUCCGUAUUUACGGGAGCUUUUUACAUUGAGCUGGUUUGUUAUCCCUGCUGGGACUGCAACCCUUUUUUCUUGGGGGCUCCUGAAUGUGCCGCGUCUGAGCCUUUGGCUGAGAAAUGCCCUCCGUUGUGGGUCUCACAGCUCCAGUGUGUGCAGGAGCGUAGCGCACACACUGAAAAAAAAAUCUACGGCGCUACAUCUGGCUGGUUCCUAAUGGGCCAAAAGUCCGAUCAGUGAGCUGGUGAAAUGGAGAUUUAGCCCAGUCAGAUAAAAGAAGAAACAAUCCCUUUCCCUUUUUGUUAAGGAGCCCUGUAAUGGUGCAGCAUUUCACUGUUUGGAGAACUAUUUGCAUUGUGUAUUUGGGAACCUCCCUUUGGCUAGAAACAUCUGUGGGAUGACAAGUUCAUCCUCUGCUGCACAUGUUUUGAUGCUGUUCUUGGAUCCUCCACAAAUUUCAAAGUGAAAGUUCGAGAGAAGCCUUCCCUGACAUUAAUUAUUGCUGUUCACGCCCCAGAGAUGUUUGUGUAGAUGUUGGGCUGGAGAAACGGAUAAAGAGGAGUGGACAGCUGGAACUUGCCGGAGUAGUGGGUGGUGAUUUUUGAGGGUUACGGAUUCAACAAAGGAGAUAUAACGUGUUCACUGGCUUGCUUUAAAAGUUCACCAAAAUGGAGUCUACUACAAUGGAGCUGCCCUCCCUUCUAUCCAAUCAGUCAUCUGAAAGCUGUGCGGCAGUGGAUACAACGGUUGAGAACACUCUGUUUGGAUGCUUCUACGUCCUGGUUUUCUUCCUGGCGCUGAACGGUAACAGCCUGGCUCUCUGGAUCUUCUCUCACCAGCGUGGCGCUUCCUCCCCGGCUAACGUCUUUUUGAUUCACCUGGCUGUGGCAGACUUGUCCUAUGUGAUCAUCCUCCCGCUGAGGGCCACCUACCACCUCACUGGGGGCCACUGGCCCUUCGGCGAGGUGCCCUGCAGGCUGGCGGGCUUCUUGUUUUACGUCAACAUGUACGCCAGCCUGUACUUCCUGGCCUGCGUGGCAGGCGAUCGCUACCUGGCCGUGGUGCACGCUGUGAGGUCGCUGAAGGUCCGGCGUGCCCGCUACGCCCACAUCAUCAGCUUCUCGCUGUGGGCCCUGGUUACCAUCUCCAUGGCGCCGCUGCUAAUCACCCGCCAGACUGCGGAGGUGGACGGCAUGACGGUGUGCUCGCAGCUGUACAGAGAGAAGGCCUCACGCAAUGCACUGAUCUCCCUCGCUGUGGCCUUCACCCCACCGUUCCUUGCCACCCUGACUUUUUACCUGCUCAUCAUCCACAGCCUGCACCGGGGCUCCAGGUUAGAGCCAGCCCUAAAGCUGAGGGCCCUGCGCACCAUCGGCCUGGUCAUGCUCAUCUAUGUGGUCUGCUUCCUGCCUUAUCAUGUGAGCAGGGCCACUUUCAUCCUGGGCUACAACCACCCCGGCAUCUCGUGCCAGACACGCAGAGGCCUGAGCUUGGCCAACCGCCUCACCUCCUCCCUCACCUGCCUGAACGGUGCCAUGGACCCGCUGAUCUACCUGUUUGGCGCAGAGAAGUUCCGCGGCACUCUGAUGCGAUUGUUUUGCAAAGAUCCGACGGGUGUGUCGGGAGCCACCAGCGGAGAGUUGAAGGGAACACAUGAGAGCUCUGUGAGCGCCAAGUCUGAGUUCUGAGGAAGAGAGAUUUGAAUGCGAUCCGGAGCACUGUUUGAUAGAGAUGCAUUUCCAACACAAACGAAAAUCGGUUUGUUAAUUGACUGUUAAUGUGGUUGAAGUGCCACUGUAGCCCCAGUAAACUUGAAUUAAAGGCACAGUUCCAGGAUCCACCCUACGCCUCAUUCACCCUCACAGACUUUAACUGUGUGAGUGCCGGAGAGUGUAAGGACUCCAGACGUCAUCUAAGGACUAAGAACAACACUUUGUGAACUCACGUUACCUGGACAUGGACAUUCCCAUGUCCAGUAAGUUUGAGACUCAUAUUCCAAAUGUAACAUAAUCAAUUGAAGAUCAUUUUGUUUGCACCCUGUUUAAAAUCUAAAUGGUACUUUUGGCCCAAAUCAACAUAAUUGGAAGUUACUUUCAUAAGACAAAAGUCUGGCGACUUACGAAAAUGUGCAUAAAGUCAACCAGAGAAUCUCCCAACGUUAGCCCUUGCUGUCAAAGUCAUCAGAGUCUGUGAGACUACAAGGCUCCAGUUAUCGUGACCUCGACAAGGAAGUUGUUGUGUCUGCUGUUUCCACAAGCUUUUUGUGUCAAACACCAAAUGAUAAAAUAUGUACAUAGUCAACUUUUAAUAGAUAUUUCCUGUUACUGUUUUUGUAUCCUAUGCCAAAUGUAAUGAAUACUUGUUAGCUUGGUGUGGUAACUGCUACCUGCUCAAAAGAAUAGGCCCAUUCUGUCACUGCAAUAAUACAUUGUUUUUGUAUACUUGACAUGUGAUUGGAUUGUUUGACCAAUGCCUGCUAAGCUAAUGCAAUUCCCAUUAGCCUCGACUGUGCUUUGCUUUUAGUACUAAAUAGUAAAUGUCAGCAUGCCAACACGACCAGUGCUAAGAUGGUGAACAUGGUUGACAUUAUACCUGCCAAACAUCAGCAUGUUAGCAUUGACGUUGUGAGUAUGUUAGCAUGGUGAUGCUCAAAGCACCAUUGUGCCUAAGCAUGGCAUGCUAGCAUGACUGUAGACUCUGUGUUGUUUUAAUAUGAGGUGUAUUUUAAAGCCACUUACAAAUGUAUUUUUGACAGUACCAUGUUUAUUUUCCUUUUGCUAGACAAAUCUUAAUUGUACAUAUAUUCUUCAUUCACUCUCCUAUGCUAUGCAUUUAUUGUUUUGUCCACAUUUGUAUGAUAUUGCACUAUUGCAUGACAAACUAUUAAUCCCUUUUUUUUUACCAUGAGUCAGUUUGGCUUGACGCCAUCUGCAGAACAAAUGUUUGUGACAGACAGACAUGACUAACUCUAAGUAAGUAAGAUGUGAGUUAUAAGUGUACUUCGCAGCUCCAAGUUGUAUUUAAUAAAUGAGUAAACGUUUGUUUUCACAA